ACUAUUGGAGGUCGAGAUGGAGAAGCUACAGGAGCUGAGCCUCGUGUCCAAGGUGUGCCAGGCACUAGAGAACCACCUUGGUAUGAGUGACAAGACGCUGGCCGAGUUUGUGAUAGACUUAGUGCGCAGCAGCUCGAGCUGCACCGCCUUCCUAGCAUCCAUCAAGAAAGACGAGCUGCCGUUGCCCCCCGCCCUAGCUGAGAAUCUCUACCGCAUCGUGCAGACAAUGGCUCCACGCAAGAUGAAGCAGGUGGGGGGUUCGGCUGCGGAUGCCAAGAGAAAGAGCAAGAGGCACCAAAUUCGAGACGACGAGCAGCUCACAGCUGCGGAUAUCGCAGGAGCGUCCGUCAAGGACGACAAGGACGACAAGAAACCGACGUCUACCGAGCGUGAUGAUAGGAAGAGUGAUGAUCGCUCUCGAACUAGAGACCGAUCACGAGACCGCGAUCGCUACGGACGUGACAGAAGCCGCGGACGCGAUGAAGAUCGCGGCAGGAGAGGCAGAAGGUCAAGAUCUCGGUCUCGGUCGGAAGGCAGACGACGCGAUCGACGUGACAGGGACAGAGACCGCAGUCGCGGUCGCAGGAGAGAUGAUCCACCUAGAGAACUGGAGCUAUACGGCAUCUAUGACGGUCGUGUCGCGAAAGUAAUGGACUUUGGUGUCUUUGUAGAGCUGGAGGGGUUCUCAAGAGAGAAGAAGGAAGGUCUUGUCCACGUCUCCAACUUGUCUGCCAAUCGUGUAAGUAACGUCAAGGAGUUUGCAAAGCGCGGCGACCGUGUCAAGGUGAAGCUCAUCUCGAUCUCAGGAGCCAAGCUGUCGAUGUCAAUGCGCGAUGUGGAUCAAAGAACUGGAAAGGAUCUGAUGCCGCAGCGCUCUAGUGAUGGUGCCGAGCGUGCACGUCAAGAGAACAGGUCUUCCGACUCACGUUCGUGGAUUAACCCAUCUGCACCGGGUAUGCAGAGCUCGCAGCAACUGGAUGAAGAUGACAGCAAGCCACAGCGUGCUGCAAAGCGCAUGUCGUCACCUGAACGAUGGGAAGUCCAGCAGCUUAUUAACUCCGGAGUGCUGUCAGUUGAGGACUAUCCGACGUUUGACGAGGAGCACGGUAUGCUCAACACGGAAGCCACGGAAGAAGACUUUGAAGUGGAAUUAAAUGAGGACGAACCUGUUUUCCUGCGUGGUCAGACGCAGAUGAGUCGAGAGAUAUCCCCCGUGAAGAUCGUCAAGAAUCCGGACGGCUCCAUGCAGCGUGCCGCCAUGACGCAGUCGAACUUAGCGAAGGAACGUCGUGAAUUACGCCAGACACAAGCGAAUCAGUUGAUUGAUUCCAUCCCGAAGGAUCUUAAUCGACCGUGGGAAGAUCCCAUGCCUGACGCUGGAGAGCGACACUUUGCUCAGGAACUGCGUGGCAUCAACAUGGGAUCGACAUUCGAGCUGCCAGAGUGGAAACAAAAGUCCGUGGGGAAGAACUUGUCCUAUGGUAUUGUGUCGAACAAGACCAUUCUGGAGCAACGUGAGAGUCUUCCGGUAUUCAAACUGAAGCGUCAACUGAUGAAGGCUAUCGCGGAUAAUCAAGUCCUGGUGGUUAUUGGUGAAACUGGAUCGGGGAAAACCACGCAGAUGACGCAGUAUAUGGCUGAAAUGGGCUUGACUUCUACCGGUAUUAUCGGCUGUACUCAGCCGCGUCGUGUUGCUGCUUCAUCCGUGGCAAAGCGUGUGGCCGAAGAGUUUGGCUGUGAGCUUGGACAAGAAGUUGGUUACUCGAUGCGAUUCGAAGACGUCACCAGUCCCGAGACAGUGAUCAAGUACAUGACUGAAGGUAUGCUGCUGCGAGAAUACCUGGCUGACUCGACUCUGUCAAAGUACAGUGCUCUGAUGCUCGAUGAAGCCCACGAGCGGACAAUCAACACGGACGUUCUGUUUGGACUGCUGAAGGAUCUUGUACGUACACGGAAAGACCUCAAGAUUAUCGUGACGUCCGCAACUCUGGAUGCUGAAAAGUUCUCUCGAUACUUUUUCGACUGCCCGAUUUUUACAAUCCCAGGUCGUACGUUCCCUGUAGAGAUUCUGUACACGAAGGAACCGGAGUUGGACUAUCUGGACGCGUGUCUGCUGUGUGUGAUGCAGAUCCAUUUAUCCGAGCCCGAAGGAGAUAUUCUGUUAUUCUUGACGGGCCAAGAAGAGAUCGAUACAGCGUGUGAAGUUCUGUAUCAACGUAUCAAGGCGUUGCAAGAGCGUGCACUAGCUCCGGAACUCAUCAUUCUGCCAGUAUACGGUGCGCUGCCUUCGGAAAUGCAGUCGCGCAUUUUUGAACCAGCACCCAAGGGCUCUCGGAAGUGUGUGGUGGCUACCAAUAUCGCAGAAGCUUCACUGACAAUUGACGGCAUCUACUACGUCGUGGACCCUGGUUUCUGCAAACAGAAUGCCUUCAACUCGAAGAUCGGGAUGGAUUCUCUUGUGGUUGUGCCGUGCUCACAAGCCUCAGCUCGUCAACGUGCCGGACGCGCUGGUCGUACAGGCCCCGGAAAGUGCUAUCGAUUGUAUACCGAGAAUGCGUAUAAGAACGAGAUGUUACCGACCACCGUGCCAGAGAUCCAGCGUGCGAAUCUCGGGUCGGUUGUGCUUCAACUGAAAGCCAUGGGGAUCAACGAUCUUAUGGGUUUCGACUUUAUGGACCCGCCGCCUCAAGAUGCUCUUGUCAUGGCACUGGAGAACUUGUACGCAUUAGGCGCGUUGGACGAUGAAGGUCUGUUAACAAGGUUGGGCAAGAAGAUGGCCGAGUUCCCAGUCGAACCGAAGAACGCGAAGGUGUUACUGACUUCCGUGGUACUUGGCUGUGCCGAGGAAGUGCUGACUAUCGUGGCGAUGUUGUCUGUGGAGUCGGUCUUCUUCCGACCAAAGGAGAAACAGGCUCAGGCUGACCAGAAGAAGGCGAAGUUCCACCAACCUGAAGGCGAUCACUUAACUUUACUGGGAGUGUAUGAGGCUUGGGCGAACUCCAAGUUCUCCAACCCAUGGUGCUAUGAUAACUUCAUCCAAGCACGCGCUAUCCGGCGUGCUCAAGACGUCCGCAAACAGCUGCUGUCCAUUCUUGAUCGAUACAAAAUGGAUGUGGUUUCCUGCGGCAAAAACUACAACAAGGUUCGACGUGCUAUUGUGGCCGGGUACUUCGCCAACACGGCGAAGAAAGACCCGCAAGAGGGAUACCGCACUAUGGUUGAAGGCCAACCUGUGUACAUUCAUCCAUCGAGUGCAUUGUUCAACAAGAGUCCAGAGUGGGUGCUUUACCAUGAGCUGGUCCUCACCACGAAGGAAUAUAUGCGCAACAUCAUGACGAUUGAGCCCAAGUGGCUUGUGGAAUUAGCCCCUGCGUUCUUCAAGAAGGGCGACCCUACCAAGCUAUCCAAGCGCAAACGUAACGAGAAGAUCGAGCCGCUCUUUGACCGCUUCAAUCCACCCGAUUCCUGGCGUCUUAGCAAACGUCGGGGAUAA